AUGAGCUCGACCAAGACAAGUCCUGCCAAGAAGUCAACACAAAUUCCCGAAGCUAAGAAAGAAUCCGACAUAACAAAAAAUGGUACGGACGCUCCUCCUUCUACAACUAGUGAAUUUGAUGAAGACCCAUCAAUCCUUUCUGAUCCAGAAGAUUACUUGGAAGAAAAUGAAUCACUAGAUAUGAACUUGAGCCGAGGUGAUCAAAAAGUUUGGUUGGUGAAAUUGCCCAAGUAUUUGAUGGAUAAAUGGAAUGACCCUGAGUCAAUGAAGAAAGGAAACCAACUAGGGAAAGUGAAAAUUAGAAAAGACCCCAAGGGUAAACUAGAAGUAAAGCUUGUAUUAGAGAAGAAAGAAGCGGAUAUACCACGAGAAUAUGAUAUCAAGAUGUUGAAUACUCAAGUUCGCAAUUCUUACGCCUUUACCGAGGAGAAUUUGAAAAAAUUUAAACAAGAAUUGACCGAAGUUGGUGAAAUGCCCCAGCAGCCAGAAUUGAAAGAAACCGAUGAGAAGAAGAAAAAGUUUCAGCCAAGAAGAAAAUUCAAAUAUUUCCGAGUGCAAAAGAAUGGCGAUGGUUCUGAUGGCCAACCAAUUAGGAAAUACAUUCCAUUUGUUAAAACAAUCCCCAAGAAAACCAGUCUUCUAGGUAAAGUUGUCCACGAUUGUCUGAUUGUUCCAUCAAGAAGAGAUCAAAACUAUUCUGUAUUAAUUAAAAGUCGUGAUGCUAAUAUACAAGGUCCACCAAAACCAAAAGUCACAUUACUUAAUGAAAUCCCUGGAGUUAUUCAAUCCAAUGCUGGUCCCUCAAUUAAGGGUAACAAUACUUCUGUUUUCCUUAAAUCUACUCAACCUAAAAACAAAGCUGAUGGUAGAGCCAUUAGAAUGCCUAGGCAAGAUCUUUUGGACUUGUUGUUUAGAUUAUUUGAAGAGUAUGAGUAUUGGUCUAUCAAGGGGUUAAAAGAACGAACAAAACAACCGGAAUCUUAUUUGAAGGAAUCGUUAGAUUCAAUUGCAAUUUUAAUUAAAAAGGGUCCCUAUACUUCAAAGUGGGUGUUGAAGCCGGAAUAUAGAAGAUUGAGAGAUGCAGAAAGAGCAGCAAGAUUAGGACUUAAUGACGAUGAAGGUAAAGAGAAUGAAGAGCAAGCAGAAGGGGACAAUGAUGAUGAGGAUAUGGAAGAUGUUAUUUGA